AUGAAUCAGUCCGCGGAAUCGGUAUCCCGGACCAAAGCGGUCGCUAUUGAAGCUGAAGAGAUCGGCCGAGGCACUUUGAAUGAGAUGCAUAAGCAGGAGGGAAAGGCUGAGACGGUAGUGGACGGCGACGAGGGAGUGGACAACGAUAUGUUGCGAUAG